GACCAGAGAUUCGUUAUAAUCCACGACCGCUGGGAUAGGAAUACAUUCGCCAUCCGUUCCGUCGAAGACCUCAAAGACCGCUUCUACAGUGUGUGCAACGCGUUGGCCAAAGUGCGGGCCCUCCCGGGCCAGGAGCCCAAACUCAAGGUGUUUGACGCCGAGCACGAGCGCCGCCGCAAAGAGCAACUCAUCAAACUGUACGACCGGACGCCCGAAGAGGUGGAAGAGGAGCAGCAGCUGUUGAAUGAGUUGCGGAAAAUCGAGGCGCGGAAGAAGGAGAGGGAGAAGAAGACACAGGACUUGCAGAAGUUGAUCACCGCUGCGGACACCUCUGUCGAGGCGCGCAAAGUGGACCAACAGUCCCGCGGAGGCAGCCGUCCCGGCAGGAAGAAGACACACCUCCAGAGGAGUGGUCAGCGCGAGUCGAUUGCCAGCGGGUCGAUGACACCCAAUAUAGAGAGCGCCGGCAUUAAGUUCCCGGAGAUCAAGGCGUCCGGUGCGACGCUCAGGAGUCAGCGCAUGAAACUGCCCGCAGCUGUNCCUCCAGAGGAGCGCGCCGGCAUUAAGUUCCCGGAGAUCAAGGCGUCCGGUGCGACGCUCAGGAGUCAGCGCAUGAAACUGCCCGCAGCUGUCGGCCAGAAGAAGACCAAAGCCAUCGAGCAGUUGCUGAAUGAGUUGAGCAUCGAAUUGCAUCCCAUGCCCACAGAGGAUAUCUGUCAGCACUUUAACGAACUCCGGAGUGAUAUGGUUCUGCUGUACGAGCUUAAGAUGGCGUUAGCCAACUGCGAGUACGAGUUGCAGUCACUGAAGCACCAGUUCGAGGCCUCACAGCCCGGCAAGACUCUCGACAUACCGACCCUCACUCUACUGACAACCCCUUCCGUCGAGACUAAAACCGACGGCUCGCCCACCAAAAAGAUCUCCGAAGUGAUAGAUCUGGGCUCAGGACCGGGAACUCCGAACCGAAAGCGAAGGGCAGCCAUAGAACAGGUGAACCUCAUGAAGAAACUGAAGAAAAACUAG